CCCUCCUCUAUCUCACUCUCUAACUCAAAACUCAAAAUGGCAGAAAAUUCAUAUCCUUACCCAUCAACUCUUAAUAUAGCAAAUUUUGUAACCAUAAAACUGUCUAAUUCUUCCAAUUAUAGACUAUGGAAAACCCAAAUGCUUUGUCUCCUUGAAAGUCAAGAAUUAGUUGGUUUCAUUGAUGGAACUUUGAUCCAACCAAUGUUAGACUACUUGAAGUGGAAAAGAAGUGAUAGGCUUGUUAAAGGAUGGAUUCUUGGCUUUCUUACUGAAGAAAUCCUUCAGAAUGUGGCUGAUAAAGUAAGUGCUAGAGAUGUUUGGCUGAAAUUGGAGGAAAUUUGCUGCCAUAAUUCCCUUGACGAUUUUGAAGCAGAAACACAACAACCAGUAUAUGAGAAAACAAAGAGCACAGAAUCAAAUGAAGAUUACAAGUACUACUUGCCACUAUACAGGGCUUCGUUAUGUGGUGAUUGGGAAAAGGCAAAAACAUUCUUGAAAAAAGAAAACGAAGCAAGUGAAGCUCAUAUCACAUCCUUGUUACAAACAGCACUUCACAUUGCAAUUGGAGCGAAGAACCAAAACACUAAGUUUUUCAUUGAGAAUUUGGUGGCUACAAUGACGGAUGAUGCAGUAGCCAUAAAAGAUAGUUUUGGAGAAACGCCUCUUCAUUAUGCUGCUCGUUUUGGCAACUUACAUGCCGCAAAAAUUCUUGUCAACAAAAACUCUAAUUUGCCACAUGUUGCGUCCAACAGUGGCCUUUAUCCGAUUCAUCUAGCUGUUGAAUAUGGUUACAAAUGUGUGGAUUUGAUUCGUUACUUCUUCAGUGUCACGAAGGAUCCUGCUCCUUCUACUGGUCGAAGUGGUGCUAGGCUGCUACAUCGAUUGAUAUGUUCGGACCUGUACGAUUUUGCCACGCAAUUAGUAAAAAGUUCUCCUGAUUUGGCAAAAUAUAGUUCAAAUGGAACAUCACCUUUGGCAUUGUUAGCUACAAAGACGUCUGCAUUCGUUGGUACAAAUAGUCUAAACUCUUGCAAGCCACUAUCUUAUAUAGUGACCAGCGCAACAUCAUGGAUCUUCCAAGCAAGAGCAGAUAUCAGUGAUAUCGAGAAUGCAGUCAAUGAAGCACUACUGGAUAAACCAAAGUUCAAUUCACCUGAAUUGGAAUGCUUUCAAGACAAAGAAUGGGAACACCAAAAUGCAACCACAUUAUCAGAAUGCAUUUGCGAGGAACUACAAAUUAAAAGCGACAAAGAGAUCAACUCCAUUGUUGGUGGUCCUCUCCUCCAAGCUGCCCGUUUCGACAAUUACAAGCUUGUUGAAAUUAUUGUGAAAAAAUUUCCAUCAUCAGUUUAUUAUUGCAAUGAAAAUGGGAAGAAUAUACUUCAUGUUGCAAUAGAGAAUCGCUGCGAAAACGUGUUUAACUUGGUUGGUCAAAUGAGUCACCAUAGGCAUCACCUCGUGACUUCAAUUGAUUCAUCUAACAAUACAAUGUUGCAUUUGGCUGGGAAAUUGUCGCCUGAAAAUGAACUAAAUUGUACUUUUGGGGCGGCUCUUCAGAUGCAAGAAGAAUUGCGGUGGUUUCAGGCAGUGAAGCAAAUGUUGCCACCUUGUCAUUACGAGCGUCUAAACGACAAGGGCAAAACUGCUCAUCAAGUGUUUACAGAGCAACACACAAAUCUGAGAAUACAAGGGGAAAAAUGGAUGAAAGAAACAGCAAAUUCAUGCGCAAUCAUAGAAGCUCUCAUCCUUACCAUUGCAUUUGCUGCAGCAAUAACAUUUCCAGGCGUCAAAAACUGCGAAAAUGAGCUUCCAAUUCUCUCAAGAAAUGGAUUCUUCGUGGCAUUCACCUUUUCCAACACAGUAUCGCUCUCCACAUCCUGCAUUUCAUUAUUCGCGUUCGUUUCUAUUUUGACUUCUCGUUAUACAGAAGAAGAUUUUCUUCGUGUUUUGCCAAAGCGCUUAUUAUGGGGACUUCUUACACUAUAUGCCUCAGUAGAAGCAAUGAUGCUAAGCUUUGGUUGUGCUCUGUAUUUUGUGUUGAAGGACAACGAAAUGGCGUUUUAUGCGGCGUUUAUAGCAGCUAUAUUGCCCAUUUUGGCGUUUCAACAUUGGCGAGGACCACUUAUUAAUCAUCUGUUUUCUCUUGUGACAAAGAAAAAAGACAGUGAUUUGAAGACAUAGAUGUAUAUAUGUAGCAUUAUGAAUUACAUUUUUUUUAUGGAAUAGCCUCUCUUCAAUUUCGUGCGUGGAUUUAAGUAAGAGAUUGCGCUUCAUUUCCUGAUUCUUUUUCAUUUUUGUAUGUUCAUU